UUUAUGUUGAAAGCUUCGAGAAAUCAGGAAGGUGUUACUUUUCAAUAGCCCGUCGAAAAAAUGGCUGCAUUAUGUAGACGAGCUUUUUCUCAAGUGAUAAGCCGACAAUUCACAACUUCAUCAGCAUGUAUGAAAUUAUUUGAUGGUCCAUUACCUGAUCCUCUGGAAAUAGCCACUGGUCUACACAAAAAAGAAUUACUUGCUUACAAAGAGGGAAACAUGGAUCCUUUCGACGUUAAAGUGGCUAAACGUGGUGAAGGAACUAAGGAAAAUCCAAACUUAGUCGGAAGCUGUUUUGAUAGUCGUAUUGUUGGAUGUAUUUGCGAAGAAGAUUCGACAAGUAUUGUAUGGAUGUGGCUUCAUUCUGACACACCUCGACGCUGUUUUUGUGGACAUUGGUUCAAACUUGUCAAGAGAGAGCCUCUUUAAAAUAAUUUAGUGAUAUUCACAUAAUAUAGUCGAUUGUUUGCAGUUACUUAGAAAUAAUCUUAAAUUUAUUACACAAAAACCAAAA